GCGCUCCGCACUUCUGGAGUCUGAAGUUUAGUCGCCGCGGAGGCAGCAGUGGGAAAACGGCGAGGCAGGUUGAAUGAUGGAAGCGUGCAGUCCGCGGGCCCACCGAACCUUAGGGACCGGGCCAUAUACAGGGCGGGAGGACGGGGGCGGAGCUCUGUCCCUUGGGGAGCCUUACCACUGAAGCCCCGACAGCGGCCUUAUCUUGAGGAUGUCAUUGGUGAGAGUGAACCGUUAUGGUUCCCGGGGAAGUGGAAGAAAAACACUGAAGGUAAAGAAGAAGAAAACUCCAGUGAAGCAAGAAUGGGAUAAUACUGUGAAUGAUCUAACAGUUCAUCGGGCAACUCCUGAAGAGCUGAUACGUCGUCAUGAAAUACACAAGUCGAAGAACAGAGCAUUAGUACAUUGGGAACUUCAAGAAAAAGCUUUGAAGAGAAAAUGGAAGAAGCAGAAACCAGAAACUUUGAGUCUUGAGAAAGGAAGAUUAUCUAUCAUGAAGGAGAUUCUUUCUGAUCAAUACCAGAUGCAGGACGUGUUGGAGAAAUCUGAUCAUUUGAUGGUUGCAGCAAAAGAUCUGUUUGUUGACUUUCCUCGUAGGCGCACAGGGUUUCCAAAUGUAACAAUGGCUCCUGAUUCCUCUCAGGGUUCCAUCAUGGUAAAUCAAGAUCCCAUCACCCAAUCUGUCUUCAAUGAGUCUGUCAUAGAGCCUCAGGCUCUUAAUGAAGUAGAUGAAGAAGAAGAAGAAGAAGGAGGAGGCAAAACUGUUAAUAGCCAAUCAGAAGAAAGUGAGACUGAACCAGAUAAUUCUCUAAACUCUCAGAUUAACAAUAAUACAGACAAGUUUCUCCACCAACUAAAGGAAGAAAAUUCUGAGUUAAUUAGUAAACUGUGGGCUGAUAUUCAGCAGAAAAUAUCCACACAGUCACAAAUAAUGUCUCCAGAGACUCCAUCAUCAGGGGAACAAAGAGCUGCUCUGAAUGCUACUGAUGCUGUCAAGAGAGUGCAGGCCAGGCUUCAGCCUGAGGAAUCUACUGGGACUCUAGACUCCAGCUAUGUCGUGGGGCAAGUGCUGAACUCAAGGAAGCAAAAACAGCUGUUGAAUAAAGUGAAAAGAAAACCAGAUUCAUGUGCUCCUUCCAAACAGAAGAAAAAUGUGUUAUCAGCUAGCACAACCUCUGCAGACUUAUCAAGUGGUAAUAACUCCAGCCUGGAUGUCCUCAAACACAUGAUCCAUGAGGUGGAGCAUGAAAUGGAAGAAUAUGAGCGGUGGACAGGACGCGAGGUCAAGGGACCGCAGAGUGGUCAGGGCCUCACAGGCUUCACUUUGUCGCUGGUGAGCUCUCUCUGUCGCCUGGUUCGGUAUCUUAAAGAGAGUGAGCUCCAACUACGUAAAGAAGUAGAGACAAGACAGCAGCUAGAACAAGUAUUAGGUGACCACCGAGAGCUUAUUGAUGCUCUGACGGCGGAAAUUCUUCUUCUUAGAGAAGAAAAUACCACCACCCAGGCAAGACUUCAGCAGUACAUGGUCACAACAGAUGAGCAGCUUAUAUCACUCGCACAGGCCAUUAAGAACUGUCCUGUGAUAAAUAACUCCAGACAAGAAAGUCAGGCAUCAGAAAGGGGAGCUACAAAUAGAAUAACUGUGGAUAAUUCAGAAGUUCCUGUUACGAGUGCUAAUGUCUCCGUGCCAUUGAUGUACAGAGGGGAAGAAGUGGUUGAUUUCCCACAGGAAGAGUUGCCUGUUAAACUGACUCAAGCCCCUGACCCUCCAGACAAUGUGAGUCUGGCGGGCAAUUUUCCAGCACAUGUUUAUGAGCCAGCUGUGUUGUUAACGCCACCCCGGCAGAAGAGCAACUCAGAAUUCUCUCCUUUGCAGGAUGUAUUGAGGAGGACAGUUCAAACUCGUCCUGCUCCACAAAUUCCUCCAACAGUAGAAAUAAUUGAGAAAGAACCACAUUGGGAAAAGAAGACCUUACCCAUUGAUGCAGACAUUCAGAAUUCAAGUGAAGAGAGUCGUCUGUUCACUCAGAGGUGGAGAGUCUCUCACAUGGGAGAAGAAUUGGAAAACAAAGCUCAGAUGCCAUUUGUUAACCUCUUGCAGCCCCGCUCCAGUUCCCUUCCAACCACGCAGCAGUUGAGAAGUUCUGCAUUCUCACAAGAGCCCCCAGUACUGGGAGAUGGGCAACAGCUCAGAACAAAUGAGGCACUGAUACAAAGAAAGGACAUAAUGGCACGAAUUGCUGAGUUGACACUACAGAAUUCAGCCAUCAAGGCACAUCUAAAUAAUAUUUCAGGGUCAGGUGGAGAACAAGGAGAUGGACUGCGGGAGAUGAACAAACAGGAAAGUGCCAGUGACAUGACUGCUAGUUCUCCAGUAGCACAAUCUGUAGCACCAAGUAGCAUGGAGGAACGGAUUGCAGAAUUGAAUCGACAGAGUAUAGAGGCUCGCGGAAAACUACUACAAUUGAUAGAGCAGCAAAAACUCAUUGGUUUGAAUCUCUCCUCUUCACCUGUGUCACCUGUUCAGUCGCCUUUCAGAGCAUGGACUGAUGGAGGAAAGAGAAACAUUGACAUAUCUAUUCCAGGAGCAGAAGCUCCAGACAGCUCAAAAUGCAGUAAUGUCUCUCCUGUCAGUGGGAUAAAUACAAGAAGGUCUUCAGGGGCUACUAGUAAUUCUUGUUCUCCAUUAAAUGCCACCUCAGGAAGUGGGCGAUUCACACCUGUUAAUACAAGAACAAAGAUUGAGAAACAAAAUGAAGAAGGCUGGUUUGCUCUUUCUACUCACAUGUCAUAAGUGAAAUUGAAGUUUCAUUUUAUGGAGUGUUUUUUUCAACAAUUCAUUCCUGACCAUCCACUCCCCCUUUCCUGCUCCUUCUUUACAUUCUGCAGAUAAAACCACAAAGAUCCUGUUAAUUAAUAUUAAUGGAAUAGAAAAAAAAUUUCUUAAAUUUUUACCUUUUCAAAUAGG